UUUAUCUUCGGUAUCUUCGGUCAUACCGCUUUCUUUCAUUUAUAACUUACCUUAUACUUGACUUUUCAUCGUUGACCGCCGAACACCUUAUCCUCUGCCGGCGUGCUAUGCGCAUCGGCGACGUCUUCUCUUCUCGAUGUACCACCUUCGUCGAAUAACCAUCGCUGCCGCCGUGCUUGCUGUCGUCGUUGUAGUUGUCACCGUACUACCUCGAGCCCUCAAUCCCGUCCCACCAAACAAGGAAAAGCAGGAGGCUGACCGACAGUGGAUCAAUACAUCCCCAUAUUGGCUUGAUCGUCAGGCCUGUCGCUGGUUUAGCCUCUGCGGUCUACUGCAUCUUAGAAGCGACCCUCCAGCGAAGCCAAAGAAUAAAGACGAUGGUCAUCGACAUGAACUGAGACGCCUCCUGGGAGAGGAAGGGGUUACAAUAUUAAGAGAAGAGAGUAACAAUAAGAAAAAAGGGCAGCUGAAGGGGAUACCCGACUAUGUGCUAAAUUAUGCACCGCUAGUUCACCUCUAUUCGCAGGAAUUCUUCUGGCCCUCAGAUAUUGCUGACCACAUCAAACAUGUGGUACCGGACAUAGACGAAGACAAAUUGACGCUUAACGAGUCACAGCCCCUCACUUUAGCCAACUUGAACGAGUUUAGCUCCGAACUGGGAUUCCAACAUCUAAACAGCAAGGAUGACGUAGAGUCACGCCCGAGCUGGCUUCACAGCAAGAUGAACAGGCCGAUCGCUUUUAACGACGAGGAUGACGAUAAAGAGCACGAAGACAACUCGGAGCCUGAUAGUCGGUUUAGCGACGAUACGACAUGGUUCGACGUAGAUCGUGAUCACCCCUUACACCGAAUUUCAGACCCACGGAAGCGUCCUACUAGCAGAUCACAGUCGCAACGGCUGGAAAGGCGGUUCCAAGUAUUUGAUUCUCAUGAAGAGCAAAAAAGACUCAUGUCGCAAGAAGCGCAGAACGCGCAGAACAAGCCUGACGAGUCGGGAUACUCUCGUGCGCCGGCUACUCUCGUUUUGGUAGAUAAAGGAUCCGGUAUCGUGGAUGCUUUCUGGUUUUUCUUUUACGCCUAUAACCUCGGACAGACGGUCCUUGGUACACGAUACGGGAACCAUGUCGGCGAUUGGGAGCAUUGUAUGAUCCGCUUCGAGUCCGGUGUUCCUCGCGCGGUUUUCUUUAGCGAGCACGAAGGCGGCCAAGCAUACGCUUGGCACGCUGUUGAGAAACGAGGAAAUGAGACUGAGAUUCAAAGACCGGUCAUAUACAGCGCUGUUGGGUCACAUGCUAUGUAUGCCACGCCUGGAAACCACCCUUAUGUUUUACCCUUCGGGAUCCUCAAGGAUGUCACGGAUAAAGGCCCACUAUGGGAUCCUUCUAAGAACCUUAGAGGCUAUUGGUAUGACUAUACCACUACCAAGGAUAACGAGGGACUGGAACCAGUGAAGGAAAACGCUGAUGAGCCGACGAGUUGGUUCCAUUAUAGAGGAACUUGGGGCGACAAGUUAUACGGUCUCAAUGAUAGACGACAGUGGCGGCUGUUCGGCCAGUACCACUACGUGACGGGCCCUCAAGGGCCCAAAUUCAAGAAUCUCGGCAGGGAGAAAGUAUGCCAAACAUGGAGGUGCCGAAUUAUACAUAGCAUUGCAGAAGGAAAGAAAGGAAGCUGGCAUUCAUGAAGGAUGGAAGGGUUAUACCAUAGAGAAGGGCACCACAGGCGUUAGCGGCUUAGAUACCCCAGCGGUAGUUGGGCAACUUUAUUUUAUUUUAUUGCUUUCUGUUGUUUUGAAAUAUAACGAUUCAUAGGUUCCUAUGCAGACGAGAUUUCCCAGAUACCUGGUUCGUGGAAAUGAGACCUUGGCCGCCGAAUUGUAGGAUAGUUGCAUUCGAUGUCAGGCUCUUCAGCUCUGCGUCUUCCCGUCCAAUAACGCUUCGUAGACCCGUUCAGCUGCCCAUGUGCAAUCGUACCAUGCCGAUCCGAUCAGGUUGUAUCGCGUAGAAUUCCACUUGUCUGGACACGAGAGUGCCUCGGCGUGUUUCCCCUGUGUUCGUACACCACCACCACCACAUACGGCAUCCCGCGGAGGAGCAAGGGGGUCCAC